AUGUAUACUACUACUAAUGGCGCCAAUAUAAGUAGUAUGUACACUACUACUGCUGCUGCUACUAUGUUGCAGAGUAAUGAUAUACAACAUUUACAGUCUAUACUGAAGACAACACGAUUGAUCUGUGGAAAGAUAUUAACACCCUUAUUAUGUACAAUUGGAUUUAUUGCAAAUAUUAUCAAUAUUAUUAUUUUGACAAGAGAAUGGAUGAGUUCGUCGACAAAUGUUUACUUGACAGCUGUUUCCGUCUGCGAUCUACUCUAUUUAUUAUUUUCCUGCUUAUUUUCCUUGUGGAUAUAUCGUGAAGCUCAAGAGAUUGCACUGUUCGCCUAUUGUAUCACAUUUAUUCACGGGACAGCAAAUCUAUUCAGUAAUACGACGACAUGGCUUACAGUGGGAUUUACACUUGAACGGUAUAUAGCUAUAUCAUCACCAAUGCUUGGUCGUCGAUUGUGUACAAAACGGCGGGCACGUUAUGUUGUAAUUAGUAUUUUUAUAUUUAGUUUUACACUAACAUUACCUGAUUAUUUUAAGAAUACUGUAGAAUAUCGAGAGAAAGUGAGCAGUAGUAGUCAAAUGAAUUUAUCAUCAACAGCACCAUCCGCAUCAUCCGCAUCGAGGAUGCCAAGUUAUUCAGUUGUACAUUCAAGAUUCAAUCCAUUUAUAACAAAAAUUGGUUAUGAUUAUGUUAAUCAAACGGUAUUCGUUAUACUGCCAAUGAUUUUGUUAAUUAUCUUUAAUAGUCUGCUUGUUCGUUCUGUUAUGCAAGCGAAUCAUAAUCGUCGAGUGUUAACGAAACAAACCGGUGGCAACAGCAAUAACAUUACACCGACAAAAAUUAGUUUAAAUUCUAAAAAAAUAAAGCCAAUUGAUAGUGACACUAAUAAUAGUAAUAAUAAUAAUAAUAGUGGUAGUAAAUUUCUGGGCAAAAAUGGCGGUCAACAAUCCAAUCAAGAAGCGAGUACAAGUCAUAUGGUUCCAGCGAUUGUACGUGAAGCGCUAGAGGCUAGUAUGCGAACUACAAUUGAAAUCACCUCGGGAAUUACACAGUCAUUUCGUCCGACACUUCAAUCUACUGGAUUAUUGCCAAUGAUGAAUAUGAAACGAACAAAAUUAGGUGAACAGCAUCGUAUUACAUUGAUGUUGAUAGCUAUUGUAAUGGCAUUUGUUAUAUUACAGCUGCCUAGUAUGGUACCGACAAUUACAAAUAAUCUCUGGAAUGUUGGUAUUGUUCAGAAAACCCCGUAUGCAGAAAAGUGCCUAUCAAUCUACGCAAAUAUAUCGAAUGUCUUGUUGAUUAUAAAUGCUGCAAUGAAUUUUGUCUUUUAUUCAUUGUUCUCAGCAAAAUUUCGUCAAACUUGCUGUAUGCUAUUGCGAAAUGUUACAUGUUUCAAGCAAUAUUAUAAGAAUAAAGCAUUACAUUCACAGAAAGACAGCAAAGAUUGUCACAACAAUAGUAAUAGUAAUGCUAAUGAUAAGAGUUGGUGUUCCAUUGGUCGAUAUCGAAAGAAGAAGGAGGAGGAGAAGGGGAACAAGAAGGAAGCACUGUUAAUGACCACAUCAAAUACUGGAAUGUUACUUCGCAGUCCAACGGGUAGCACCAAACUGACAACACUGUCUAGUUCAAAUCGGUAA